UGAUGUGUACGGAUGGAUUAUGAUAAUUCAGAGAAUGAUAAGAUUUCGUGACAGAUCUGACGCUUCCGAACAAUAAUUUAUGCAUGACAGUAAUUAAUUUCUGCCGUUUUCAAUCCGUUCAGUAAGCCGUAAACGUGUCAUCAGACUUUCCCACUAAGUAUUGAUUUUUCAAGCUUUUUUACUUCUAUCCGAAAAAGUUUCCUGAUGUUUUUCUAACCUAAAACGUAAACAAUUUUUUACUACUGCCGGGGAUUCGCAUUUUGGCUUGAUUUUGGCUGACAACAUGAUUCCAGAAGCUGUUGUCAAUAAAACUGAACAACUUACUGAAGAAGAAAUACUCAGGGAAGAACAUAGAAAGCUUCAUGAAGCACAUAGGAAUCAUGAAUUCAUGCAUAUGGAGAUGACAUUUAUUUUCAUACUUUUAGUAAUAGUAGCGCAAAUUGGAAUAGUAGAAUGGAAAAGAAGACAUUAUAGAUCAUAUCAGCUCAUCACCCUAGCUGGCAUGUGGAUCAUUCCAGUUUGCCUUUCGCUAAAUAGUCAUUAUUGGCGAUUUAUUUUUUUCUGGUUAGUGUUUUCCUGUACAACAGCAUUUAUCGUCAGGAAAGCGAUAGAAAAACCUCUGGCAAAAACAACACCAAGGCUUGUUUACAAAUGGUUCUACUUACUUUAUAAAAUUAGUUAUGGACUGGGAAUUAUCGGCUAUGCAGUAAUCAUGGCCGUACUGUUCCGAAUAAAUUUUAUGUUUGGUAGUCUACCACAUGUUUGGAUGGACUGUGGUGUGCUCAUCAUCUUUUAUGGACUGUAUUAUGGUGUACUGGGUCAAGACUGCGCAGAAAUAUGUAGCGAUAAAAUGGCUUCACAUAUUGGGUAUUAUUCCCCACAAGGCAUUUCAACAAGGAACCUAGAGAAAGGAGUUUGCGCAGUUUGUGGGAACCAAUUAUUAACAUCAGAAUUUGAAGAUGGUGUUUUAGAAAACACUUACAGACUUACGUGCAAUCAUGAAUUCCAUGAAUUCUGCAUCCGUGGAUGGUGUAUAGUUGGCAAGAAGCAAAUUUGUCCUUAUUGCAAGGAGAAAGUGGAUCUCAAAAGAAUGUUCCAGAAUCCCUGGGAGAAACCCCACGUUCUAUACGGGAAAUUGCUUGAUUGGAUUCGAUGGUUGUUGGCGUGGCAGCCUGUAAUAAUUUUUGUCUUUCAAGCUAUAAACUACGUUCUAGGCUUGGAAUAGGUUUUUCUGUUUCGGUAAUGCUGCAAAAAAAACCAUGGGCACAGGUCAUAAUCUGCAUGUUUGAUAAGUGAGUCUACAAUAUUGUGUUUAAAUAUUUCUGUACGUUUGAUGAGAACCUUCUGUUAAUUGGCUUGCUCUGAUGUGCCCCAACAGUCUAAUCACUUAAUUGCAAUUUAAAGCAUCCAGACUGUGGUUGUAACUUUUCAUUUAAUUUUCUUGCAUAAUUUUAGCAGAGCCUUCAAAUUUUUAGAAUUGCAAUUUUCUUCCGAAAGAAUCCUGGGUUUUCUGACUUCUUGGGAAGACAGGGAGAGUCAAGGAUUAAACGGUGACCAUGAAAAGUCAAGGAAAUGUAAAAUUUCAGUCAGGAAAAAGUAAAAGGAGUGAAGAAAAAGUGAAAGAAUGUCAGAAUAUCAGAAAAAGAAAAAACAUCCAAAAUUUCUUUCCUAGAAAUUAAGAAAGCGCUUUCUCUUUAUGAAAGAGAGUACCCUGUUUUUAUAUAUGUAAAAAUACGCACUAAUUCACGAGAAAAAAUUCGAAUGAUGCAAUAAUAACUAUUUAUUAAGAAUCGUAAUCCAAAACAAUCGUUAGUGAAGUGUAAAAACUACUUUAUAUCCUCUCUGAUAGAUCAUAAAAGUGGAAUUCCAAUUGUCAUCUCAUAGAUUUUCUUUCUAAGCUCACAUCAAGGGCUUUGAAAAGCGUAUGAAUAACUACAACUUUUCUAUUUGUCAAAGUUCUUUAUUCUUGAACCUAUUUUCUUUCGGUAGAUGGACUUUUAGAGGGAUAACUUUUUUUGCAUAAUUUAUGAAUGAGAUCUCAGGCUGUGGUCUAUGUUGGACUCAUAAUACUGCGUAAAAAUCAAUACAAAUAAAGAGGAAUGACAGCAACUUUGUAAUGUCACUCUGGCCAUGUUUCGACUCCAGAAGCUCUACCUGACUCUGAAAAAUGAGUUUCGCCGUUAUGUCAAUUUCCCACCGCAUUCAGUCAACAGCAAAUUACAGCUCUGAUCUCAACCACUGACUACCUAAAUUUUGAUUAAACUAACUAAAUUUGUUUUGUCUUUCUUAUUUUCUGUUGAUGUUUUGUUUAUCUGUUUUUAAAUUAGACAGCAUUGACUGGGAGAAUUUUUAUGUUUGAGUAACAUUCAAUAAACAUUGUACUAGCAUAUUAGCAGGGGUUCAAAUUGUUCUCAACGGCACGGUUGCGACCAUUGCUUGCCUUAAAAAUUGUGGAAGCUGAGGAGGUAUUUUCUUUCUUUUUUUUUUUGUUGAAUGGUGGCUUUUAUAUUCCCAUGCAAUCAUAUCAUUUUGGCGCAUAUCUACUUCUGAAUUACAAUUCCAAGAGCUGAGAUCCACCCAUGUAAUCUAACUUUUUUUGGAAACUGUGUGCUCAAAAAAUGUAACAACAUUUCAAUAACCACUUUGUGUUGACCCUUUUGCAAAAACAGACUGCGUCGCAAAAUUGUACCAAACCUAUGAUUAGAUUGUCGUGAACAUCUUCCUGCAAAAAGUUAUUGUCUUGCAACAAAUUUUGAAGGCCUCCUCGAAAAAUGCAGAAGACAGGAACAAUAUGAACCUCUGCAUAACAGGAAGUGAAUUAUGGCUUGAUCUCAAUGUUUAUCCAAAUGAGCAGUUCGAUGCGCUCCUUCAAAUUUUUGUUGAUUUUUUAUGAUUCUGGUUUUUUUUACUCUGGUGCCCUUACCUUUGAUUUUAUUACAUUUUUAGUGUAUUUUCCGAAGGAAAAAUACACUAUUUUUAAAAGACUUGUCAGUGCGUUAUUAGGAUCUGCCUAAAAAUCCACCCUGAUGCAUUCCUUGUAGACACUUUUUUGUGCUGUUUUAAAUUAACUGCCUGGCUUUUGCCAGAUUCCAUUUUCUGAGCGGCAUGCAAUUACUCACUUUUCACUAUGGGUAAUCCUAUUAUCUGUAUUGUAGAGAUACCUCAGAACUUGUUUCAUCAUCGAAGACCCUCUCUGAGAAAAAGAUGGUAUCUUGUGUUAAGUGUUGUCCUUUAUGUACCAAGUAAGAGAUUAUGUACCUUUAGACGUCCAAAAUUAAACGCUGAGUAUGCGAUCUACGUCCUGCAGGAUCAGUGGAGAAAUUUUUAGGAAGUAAAGAAUUUAUCAACUGAAAUGGUGCUGAAAAAUAGUUGAAAAAACUUACAGGUUCUAACAAACAACCCAUUGCAUGGAGUAUAAGGAACUUUAAGAUAAGAAAAAAUUGAGUACUCUGAAAAAUUGUUUUUCCAUUAUUUUGUGAACGUUUUUGUGCAAUAAAUACUCACCGGUAACCAAAAAUUACAAUUUUUGAAUCAUCCACAUCUUGGCAAUGUCCACUUGAUUUCAAAAUUGGAUGUAUUUGUGCUUUAAGGAAGCAUGUCCAUAGGGCCUACGUGCAGCAUAGUUUCAUUUUAGCCUAAAUAUAUCAAAUUUUCUAUUGCCAACCUGGUCUUUGUUGUCUUGAAUAAUUGGGUCCAGAAACGCACUAAGUUUGAACCAAGAAAAAGAGGUUUGAGGUUUUAUUCCUUCAUGAGACCCAUCGUUGGAGACUAAUUCUAACUACUAUUUCAUGUUAAAAUGAUGCCUUUUUGACUUGCAAUUUUUACAACAAAUUACCAGAAAAUUUACGACCAGUUAAUGUUCGAACUACUCCCAAGUCAUUAUUUUCAAAAAUGUAAUUUGGUCAGUCUCUGUCAAACUCUCUCCACUUAUCUUAUCAAAAAUUCCGUGACUGACCUUCACAAUUUUUUACCUAAUGCUUUGCUGCACACUUCUCUUAAACUUCCUAAAAUUGAUGUUGCAUGGCAGACGCCUACCCAUCCUUUUGAGUGUUCAGUACCUUCGGGAUGGAUCUCUGAUAUUCCUGCGACUCAACCCACCAAAAACAAUCAUGACUUGUAUCACUACAUCAAUGGCCAAAGUACGAAGCUACGUAUCUCCAGUGUGAUGUUUCAAAAUUGUUGCUCUCAUUUCAUUUUUUUGAAGAGAAACAAACAAACUUUGUAGCUUGCAAUGUACACAGAAUAUUCUGCUAGUUAACAGUGAAGAAAAAUCAAGGAAGUUUUCAAGAAAUUACAUUGACUAGUUUUUCGAGGAAGAAAAAAGAAUGGCAGGAAAUCUGCUACGUCGUAAACAGAGGUAUGUCGUUCCAAAUUUUAGCCAUCGAUAUGAUCCCCUUUUGGCUUUCAAUUUCUUCCUCACAGAAUUAUCAUUUAUUGAAACUUGAUUGCAAUAUGCAUGUACUCCGCAUGAAAAUUAGUCUUCAUAUCUUUUGAGCGUUAGACUGCUUAAAAAAUAAAUAAUGUUAAAAGAUUCAUGGUAUAGGUGUGAAAUUGUCCCUUGCGGCAGCUACUGAGCACCAGAGGGGCAAAAAUGUCAAUGACUCAUACCAACUUUCUCUGUUACGCAACGGUGUGUUUGUGAAACAAAAAAAUGUGACUCAUUCCGAGGUUAAAAUAUUUAGUUAACUAGUUCACUUGAUUAUAAGAAAUGACUGUGCAGUUUCCAUCCAAAGUUCGAUUUUUGCAAAUUGUUCAUAAAAAAAUCGAUAAAAUGUUCAAUAAAACAUUCCCACCAGUUUCAGAGUAAAAUGCAAAUUGUGAGUGAAUGUUUCACAGAUUUCAAGUUUCAAAUUGUUCUUUUGUCCGCGAUUGGGCUGGGCGACAAUGUACCAAAACUGCUGGGAAAACAUGUCAUUUACACACCUUUGUAUACCAAUCUAUGUAUCACUGUAUUUUUCAAAAACAAUCAAUUUUCCUUCCAGAUCAUGAUAAACAAAUGCUAAAAUUCUCAGCUCAUUAAGUUCAAUAAUCAAUUGAGAAAAUGAUUUCUUCGUCUACCAGCUGUUUUCAGCCUUUCUUGGAGCUUGCCUUAUUUUUUAUUCAUGUUUUCUUUAAAUUCGAAGGGCAUAAAAUUAUUUCACUUUAUCUUCUUGGGAGCACAGAACAAAUAUAUGGUGAGCACGACUAAUAAAGAAAUAUGCCGUAUCUUGCCCGUGAAGAACAAGAAUGUUGUACGCAACUUUGACUUCAUGAAUUGUCUUUUUUUGCAAUAAAGUAAAUUUGUAAGAAGUUUCUGGCAAGCACAAGAAAAUUCAAUGCAAAAUUAAGUGAAUCUAUCCUUGUAAUUUGUUGUUUUUAAAAAUAAAAAAAUAAAAACUAAAAAAA